AUGCGAGCAAUGCUAUCUAACGCUAUUCUCAUUGUACUAGCUUUGACUUGUGUAUCAUCAACAUUCGGUCAUUUGUGCUUAUGGCAACCAAUGCAACGUGGAAAUUUCAGUCUCGAUCCUCCAGGUUCACAUACCUGUUAUCGAAAAAUGGCACCUUGUGGUGGAUACAAUUCAUCAACAUCACAUCAACGAACCGUUCUCGAAGCGGGUACAUUAUAUACUGUUUUAUUUCAACAACAUAUAAAUCAUUAUUAUCCACCAAAUCCUGGCAAACUUGACGUUUCAUUUGCUAGAGGACUUGAUCCUCUAGAAGAAGAUUUUCAAACAUUAGUCUCUUUUAAUGACUACAAUCCAAUGAAUCAUAAUACACAAACAAAUUUCUCAAUAGAAGUUCAAUUACCAAAACAAUCGUGUGAUUAUUGUGUUUUGAGAGUACGUUAUCUAACAAAUAAUCCUGACGAAGAAGAUUAUGGGACAACAUUUCAUCAAUGUUCUGAUAUUCAAUUAACAGAAAGUUCGUCAAACAACAUUCAAUCAAUCGCUCCUGAAUACUAUCCAGUCAAACAACAGAAUGAUUCACAUGAUUGUUGUACACCUCCAAGUUUUCAAACAAAAUUCGUACAUCUAAUACCGAACAUUAGCUACACUAGCUCAGGUGAAAUCUAUUAUGAUCAACCGUCUAAGCAAAUGCGUUUCACAGUAUCGAUUAUGAAUGUCACGUACAACAUGUGGAUGAAUUUCACCUCAGGCAAACAGUAUUAUUUUAAUGUCAAUAACCAAACUUGUCAUCUCUUUGGAUUGAAUUACUGGAAUGAUUGGUGUUACGGAAAUACAUAUAAUCAAACUGAACAGUUUCUAACUGCUAAUAAAUCAUGUUCAAGUGGCUCGUCUCGAUUAUGUAAUCAAUGGCAAAAUGGAGAUUUCUUAUUUGAAUCGACUUCAUCAGGAUGUUAUCCAUCUAUACUUAGUCGACUAUCAAGUAAUGAACGAACUGUCUAUUUCGAUGCAAAAGAUGGGCCAAUCCCAUCCGAAGUAUUUCAACCGAAUCCUAUUUGUUUCAAAGAAACAACAAUAAUACAUUCACAUAAUCCAUCGGCUAGAUUUUUAAAACAAUUGCUACAAGAAAAGAAAAUAUGGCACAAUUAA